UUCGCGAUUUGGUCACACUUGCCCCCAACUGAAUCCAAUCCGAAUCCGCAUCUUCGCAUCCGCAUCUGCAUUCCGCUGCCGAGGAAGAGCACCCAGUGGCCAUUCCGCCGACCAUGUCGCCCAAAUACACGCACGCGAUUGUGGCCAGAAUCUCGGACGCGCUGCUGGAGAACGGGAAGUUCGACGUGCAGCUGGCCAAGCAACAGCACGAGCAGUACUGCACCUUGUUGAGGAGCAUUGGCCUGGACGUGAUCGAACUGCCGCCGGAUGACCAGCUGCCCGAGGGCGUCUUCGUGGAGAACAGUGCCGUGAUCUGCAAUGGAGUGGCCCUCAUCGGAAGAUCAGAGCACGCCAAGCGGCGGCGGGAGGCCGAAAGCAUGGGCAUAAUCCUCAAAAAGGAACUAGACAUACCCGUCAUCGAGAUUGAGGAUCCACAUGCGCUACUCGACGGCGGCGAUGUGCUUUUCACGGGACGCGAGUUCUUCAUUGGAAUCUCGGGUUUCACCAACGAGGAGGGUGCCCGGGCUGUGGCCAUGGCCUAUCCCGAGUAUCCAGUGACGCCGAUUCGGGUGAACGGUUCGAAGAGGCUGAAGUACUAUGUGACCAUGGCUGGACCAGAUGUGCUAUGCGUGAGCAGUAGUCCCACCUGCCAGGAGAUCGUGAAACGGAUGGAGCGGGAGGCCAGCUUCACCUACCAAAAGCUGACUUUGCCCGAGGAGUGUGCGGCCAAUAUGCUGUACAUAAACGGAACGAUCGUACACAGAUCGCCGACGGAAAUUCCAAAAGCCUACAAGACUUUAAAAGACAAAAUCGACAUUCCAACACGCAACAUAAACAUUAGCGAAUUUAGCCAAUACUCCAGUGGACUGACCUCGUCGUGUUUGUUGCUGCGACGCUGGAAAUCCAUACGCAGCCUGUGAAGUCUGUGAAUCUCUGGAGGAGAUUAGGUGGAAGACAGGAGAAUUGCCAUGAGAAACAUGCACAACCGGAUGCCCAGGCAUCAGCAAUAUAUCGUUUUAUCUUAUUAUAGUUUAUACACAUCUCUUGUUAUUGUUACAACUUAAGAUUAAACCUCAAAUGCUAAUCAACCCGAUGGUGUUACUUUGCAACUCAAAUGUGUUACCUUAUACCUACACCUUGUGUGUAAUUCAAUCAGAGUUGGAAAGUGGCCUCAUUCGCCUUGGCAUUCGCAUUCCUUUAUGCCACUCACACUCCAUGACGAUGUUGAACGGAUAUCAAUGUAUUAUUAUGAUAAAAUUGCUAUUAUAAAUUGUAUCUACUUUACAAGUAGCUUGUUAAAUGUGUUCAGUGUCUGUCCUCGAAAUAAAUGCAACAUUUGUAAUCUCUUUAUAAACUUUAAAA